AUGCCCGAAUUCAAGAAGCCCGAAUUUACCAUGCCCGAGUUUAAGAAGCCUGAGUUUGAGUUUAGCUUGCCUGAAUUCAAGAAGCCGGAAUUCAGCCUACCUGACUUCCAGAAGCCAGAUUUUAGCCUGCCUGAUUUUAAGAAACCCGAAUUUUCGCUGCCCGAAUUCAAGAAGCCCGACUUUGCGCUCCCCGAGUUCAAGAAGCCCGAAUUCUCGCUACCAGAGAACCUUUCAGACCUGAAGGCGCCUUCCUUUUCGCUGCCCGAAUUUUCCAAACCAGAAUUCAAGCUGCCUGACUCAUCCGAGCUCCCUCUCCCUAAGACCGACUUCAAGCUGCCCGACUUCCCCACCCCAGAGUUCAACCUGCCCGAGAUCCCGCUUCCAUCCUUCCCCAUCCCGAGCCUCCCCUCCCCCUCGAACCUCCCCGUCCCGAAGCUAACCGUGCCUCGGGCAAUUUCCGAGCCUGUGGAAAACGCGGUGGCGGCCGCGACCGCGUCGGUUGCGGACUCGGCGGCGGCGGCGGCGGCAGUGGCGCAGCGGGAGUACCUGGCGGCGUAUUCGGCGCUGCGCGAGAGCGUGCCUGCGGACGCGCUGCCGCUGGUGGAGAAGGUGGAAGCCAACCUCGCUUCGCUGUGGGACGCUGCUAGCGGACUGACCAAGGAGGUGGCCGUGCAGGUGGCGGUGCUAUCAGCAGCGGCGGUGAAGGCAGCGUUUGGGGCGGCGGGCUUUGAUGCGGACGACACAGUCGUGGCCGCCACUCUCAUCGCCACAGGCACGCUGUUGCUCGGCGUGGCAUACUGGAGGGCGGCGUACGGGGGGUAUUCGGGCAACCUGUCAGCGGAGGAGGCGCUGGAGGUGCUCAAGGAGAGCAAGGCCGUGCUCGUUGACAUCCGCCCUGAGUUCUUGAGGGACGAGAACGGCAUUCCUGACCUGCGUAGGGGGGCGCGUUUCAAGGACUGCAGCGUCAAGUUUGAAAAGCUGGACGGCCCUCUGAGGGGCCAGGUGCGCAGCCCGGACGUGGUGGAUCUGCAGCUCAUGGCCGCUAAGAUCAAGGGCGUGAAAGGCGUGCAGAAGGACACGCAGGUGAUUAUAAUGGACGAGAGCGGUGGCAACCUGGCAAAGGAGAUCGCCAGGGGUCUCUCCAGAGUGGGCUUUAAGCGCUCGUUCGUGAUGGACGGGGGAUUUGACUCGUGGGUGGCCAGCGGGCUGCGAGUGAAGCCCAACGAGCCCGAGCGAGCAGCUGAAGUGCUCAAGAAGGAGUACGAGGCGUUUGUGGAGGACGUGCAGCCCACGCCCCUGGGAGUGGCCACCGUGGUGCUCGGCACUGGAGUCGGCAUCUUUGCCCUCAUCGAGUGGGAGCGGUCGCUGCAGCUGCUGGGAGUGCUGGCAGUGGUGCAGCUGAUCUACCUGCGAGUCAAGACAUACGAGACCGAGGAGGACCUUCAGCGGGACGUGCGAGCACUGCUCACGCCCUUCUCUCUCGCAGCAUCAGCAGCAGGGUGGGCCCUCGGCACCUCCUCUUCUGCCUCUGCAGCACCCAAGGCCGCCAAGCAGCUCACAGAUGGAGAGGGUGAGGGGGGGAGCGAGAGCAAGGCCCCUGAGGCUUCCAGUGCGCCUGCUGCUGCUGCCACCUCAGCUGCUGAUGUGGCGAUAACCUUUGGGGAUUUCCUUCCAUUCCAUCCGACUCCCUCGCAUCCCUCCACGCCUUCGGGGACUCCACUGGACUUGUCAUUGUCACUAGUCUCACUCGACCCCACCGUUUCCUCCCUCUACUCCCCUUCCUCUCUCGCUCGCCCUAAUUCACUAGGUGGUCCGCUGACUCCCGACGCUGAUAUCAACGUGCUCUCCUCCCCCUCCCUGCUUUUUCCCGCUCCUGGCGGCGUUGUUGGCGGUGCUGACAACGCGCUGUACUUUACAGAAGACGACGAUGAUGAGGAAGAGGAGCGGCUGUACGACGCAGUGAGUCUCAGCAGCAACAUCAGCAGCAGCGGCGACGAUGUCAGCAGCGACGGAGGGUUCAGCCGCGUGAGCAGCACCGGCAGCCUGUCCGGCCUGGACGACCGUGUACGCGUUAAAGUGCAUCCGGGCCGAGUGGACAUAUUUAACGGAGCGGAGCAUCUGCGGCUGCGCGCGGACGGGAUGAUGGAGCUGCGGCGCGUGAAGGACGGCGUGCCUAUACUCAUCACCGCGGGGAGAGUUUCACUCCCUGACACCUGCCGUGACUACAUCGAGUCGUGCGAGAUCACCGUGCUGGACGAGUCGAUCGGGGCCGUCCAGCUGAAGUGGAUCAACGGCUCUGCGCUGCGCGUGGUGGCGGCGAACCCCGCAGGCGUGGAGAAGGGCGAUCUGUCGGCGCUGCCGUUCGACCGCGACCACGGCAACCCCGCCUCCGACCCCUCCUGGGCCAAAAGGCUGGCGUGCGGGUUCGUGUGCGAGUUCAGCGUGGCGCAGCACGCGGAGCAGGAGGCGCGCGGAAUGGCGGAGGUGGAGCUGGACAUGCGCACCGCCGGGUACUGGUUCGGCGGGGGGCACUACAUGCGCCAGCACUGGCCGCUCAACCGCGGGCAGUUCGAGAUGGGUCCAUUCUUCCCCUUUGACAACGGGCCAAACGGCAACAACACGUUGCUCGCCGCGCAAUGGAUGACCUCCCGCGGGCUGCUCGUGCUGGCCAAUCCGGACACGCCCUUCCUGCACGUGGGGCUGAACGCGCCCCAAGUGGGCCCACAUGACGGCUGGAUCCAGCGCUCCUGGGGCACGGGCGUGCAGAACCUGGCGCGGGAGUCGCUGCCAGCGGUGGAGAACGGUACGGGGGACGGCAUGCUGCGCCUGCAGGCGCGGGCGAGCUACCGCACGGUGGAGAUGCUGCACCCGCUGAGGGACUGGAUGCCCGCGCUCUGGAAGGAGGAGCAGGACAAAGACCAGCGCCUGAGUCUCCAGUUCGCGCUCUGCGCCACUGCCAACGUGAAGCAAGCUGCCGAAGCGGCUCUGGAAACCCUUCCUCGCCCGACCAACCCCCCGCCGCGGGAGAUGGUGGAUGCGCCGAUCUGGACGACGUGGGCGCGGUACCACGCAAACGUGACGCAGGCCAAGGUGGAGCAAUUCGCGCAUGAGAUCGUGGGGCGCGGGCUGUCCCGGUCCGUCAUGGAGAUCGACGACAAGUGGCAGACCAAGUACGGCGACUUUGACUUCGACCCCGUCAAGUUCCCCAACCCCAAGGCCAUGGUGGAGAUGCUGCACGCGUUGGGCUUUAAGGUGACCCUCUGGAUCAUGCCCUUUGUGGAGGAAGCUUCCGCUGCUUACCAGGAAGGCGCGCCCAAAGGCUACUUCAUAUCAUCCAGCGCGCCGGCCACCAAGGGUCUCAAGCCGGGCUUCUUCAAGUGGUGGCAGCCCGUGCCAGCAGCAGCACUCGACGUGACCAACCCCGAGGCGGUGGCCUGGUUCGUGGGCCGCCUCAAGCGCCUCCAGGCAGAUUAUCUCAUCGACGGCUUUAAGUUUGACGCGGGCGAGCCGUGCUUCCUCCCCGCGCACUUCGUCACGCACAAGCCGAUCGUGACCCCGGUGGAAUACACGCGGCUGUAUGUGCAAGAGGUGGCAUCUCAAUUUAGUUACGCGGAGGUUCGCACCGGGCAUAAGACCAGCAGUGUGCCGCUGUUAACCAGGAUGGGGGAUAGAUUCUCCACGUGGAGCUCGGGGAACGGGCUAAGGAGCGUGAUUCCCACGCUGCUGACGUCGGGGAUACUGGGGUACCCGUUCUGUUUACCCGACAUGGUGGGGGGCAAUGCGUACUUUGGCAACAAGCCGGACGUGGAGCUGCUGGUGCGGUGGGCGCAGGCCAACGCGCUCAUGCCGGCCAUGCAGUUCUCCAUCGCCCCCUGGGACCUCAGCAAGGAGGCUGACCGCCUCUGCAAGGCCGUGCUCGAGCUAAGGGAGAAGCUAGCGGGCACCAUUUUCAGCCUCAUGGAGGAUGCAUGCUCCAAGGCCCUCGCCCCCGUGUGCCGCCCCAUGUGGUGGCUCGACCCCGACGAUGCCGAGACCUUCCCCAUAGACGAUCAGUUUGCGAUAGGCGAUGACAUCAUAGUGGCCCCCGUGGUGGUCAAGGGGCAGAAGAAGCGCGACGUCUACCUCCCCAAAGGCACAUGGUGCGAGCUGCUGAACCCGUCCAACACGUUUGAAGGCCCCACCUGGCUGGAGGAUGUGGAAGCACCUCUGCACAUCAUCCCCAUAUACUGCCGAGUCGUGCCGACCGACAUAGCGUCACCAAGCAUGGAGGGCGGGCAGGAGGCGGCAGAGCAUGCAAGUGCAAUGGUGCCGGUGCCUGUUCGGAUAGAAGACGCAUCGUUGGUGAUUGCUGAUAGUGAGGCUCUUGCGGAGGGCUCAGCGACACAGACAGCUUGCAAGCCAUCAGCACGAUCAACAGUGAAGCCAUCGAGGUCACUGGCGAAGGCAGCAGAACGGUCUGUGGCGAAGGCAGCAGAACGGUCUGUGGCGAAGGCAGCAGCCCCUUCAGCAGCUAAAGUAAAGGAUGUGGUAAAGCCUGCUGCGAGCAAGCCAUCAGCACGCGCAGCAGCUUCGCCAGCAGGUCGACCAGCGGUGAAAGCAGCAGCGAAAUCAGCCACACAACCGGCAGUGAAGCCACCUGUGAAGGCAGCAACCUUUGGUGCAGCAGUGAGGGGGACUGGAAAGGGAGAGGCAAGCAAGGUUGGUGCUGCAGAGAAAAGUGUUGGAUGCAAGGGAAGCACGCGUGUGCUGCAUGGCAUGAAUGUGCUGCAUGGCAUGAAUGUGCUGCUUGGCAUGAAUGUGCUGCUUGGCAUGAAUGUGCUGCUUGGCAUGAAUGUGCUGCUUGGCAUGAAUGUGCUGCUUGGCAUGAAUGUGCUGCUUGGCAUUAAUGUGCUGCUUGGCAUGAAUGUGCUGCUUGGCAUUAAUGUGCUGCUUGGCAUCAAUGUGCUGCUUGGCAUGAAUGUGCUGCUUGGCAUGAAUGUGCUGCUUGGCAUGAAUGUGCUGCUUGGCAUUAAUGUGCUGCUUGGCAUCAAUGUGCUGCUUGGCAUGAAUGUGCUGCUUGGCAUGAAUGUGCUGCUUGGCAUCAAUGUGCUGCUUGGCAUUAAUGUGCUGUUUGGCAUCAAUGUGCUGCUUGGCAUCAAUGUGCUGCUUGGCAUUAAUGUGCUGCUUGGCAUCAAUGUGCUGCUUGGCAUGAAUGUGCUGCUUGGCAUGAAUGUGCUGCUUGGCAUUAAUGUGCUGCUUGGCAUUAAUGUGCUGCUUGGCAUGAAUGUGCUGCUUGGCAUGAAUGUGCUGCUUGGCAUUAAUGUGCUGCUUGGCAUCAAUGUCUGCUUGGCAUUAAUGUGCUGCUUGGCAUGA